GCUGCCGCCGCCAUGGAGCCGUCGGUGCGCGGCCCGCCGGGGCUGUCGGCCGUGCUGGCGAGCACGGACUGGUCCGAGCCCUGGCUGCUGGGGCUGGCGGCCUUCCACCUGCUCUGCUUCCUCCUGACGUGCGCGUCCCUGCAGCACCGCCGGGUGCAGGUCGGGCACUUCCUCUGCAUGGUGGGCUUAGUGUACUGCGCUGAAUAUAUCAAUGAAUUAGCAGCCAUGAAUUGGAGGCUCUUUUCUAAAUACCAGUACUUUGAUUCAAGAGGAAUGUUUAUUUCACUUGUAUUUUCAGCACCACUGCUGGUGAAUACUAUUAUAAUUGUGGUCACCUGGGUUUACAGAACUUUGAAUGUAAUGACUGAACUAAAGAUGCUACAGCAGAGAAGGAAAGUAGAAAAAGAAAAAAAGAAGUGAAAGUGCCAAACUUUUUCUUUCUUCAGUUGUAAUAAUUCCUGUCUGAGAAAUCAGUCCGUCUGUAUGGGUAUGCAGGAACAGAAGUAUUUUUGUUUCCGGUGUCAGGAGUACUUUUUAAUUGUGGCUGUGGGCAUUGAGGUAAAGCAGGUAUCUGCAGUACAUUUGAAUUGGCUGUGAAAUUAUGAAACCAGUCUUAACAAGUCUUUAUGCCCUUCAGUGUAUGAUUGUUUUCCUCCAUGACCAAGGCUGUUAGUAUUGAUGAGACACAAUCUUCCAGUUUCCAUUUGCCUGUGUAUUUUUUUACUGUGUCUUUAUUCUGUGCUUAUCAAGUAUCAGUUAUUCUGAUGCUUAAGCAAAUUGGAGCUGUGUUGUGAAUUACAGUACAUGAGAGAUUUCAUUCAGAAUAACUCAGGAAUCCAUGCUUCUGUGAAGCACUUCACUUCUUUAUAAAUCAAGUUUCAUACUUUCUGUGUGUACUGUGUGCCAGUGGCAUUUUAUAAAUAAAACUAUAAUUCACUGUAUCUUAAA